GGAAAACCUUCACUCAUAGAAUCUUACCUGGCACUGCAUUGUAAAGGCAGUGUUUCUGAUAAAAUAAGAUGUUAUUGGCUAGUUGAAGUUGCAAAACGAAAUGACAAGAAUACUGAUUACAGUGAUAAUGAAA